GCGCCCGGCCCCGGGAAGCGUCGUCACCCGGCCCUGGGCCCCGGCCCCCGAUCCCCGGCCCAGCCGCGGACUCCCGACCCUGGGGGAGCGUCGUCACGGCCGUGUCCGGUCCCCAUCCCCGGCCCGGUCUCCGGAGCCCCGGCCCCCGGCCCCGGCGGAGCCCCCGGCCAAUGAAUGAGUGGCCGGGGCUGUCCACGCCGGGCCCGAGGGACCGAGCGCAGGGCUCUCCCCCGACAGCCCCUCGGAGGGAAGGAGGGCGGGGGCGCUGGCCGGCCCCGCCCCCGUCCCGCCCCCAGCUCUCCGGGCAGUGGCCGCGCCGGCUGGCCGCCCACCCGGCAGGUCUCCCCUAGGCCACCGGGCAGAGGCCGAGGGCCGGCGGGUGCCCCUGGCGGCGUCUAGGGCGGGCGGGCGGGCGGGCCCUCGUCCCGCCAGCUCCAGGCCUCUUCUCGGAAAGACCUCUGUCCCAUGCUGACAGCUCCGAAGCCUUGGGGCGGCAAGCCUGGUCUACCAGAUCUUCCUGAGCUUGGGCCCUGCCGACGUCUUGGCCGCUGGGCUGGUGUGCCGCCAGUGGCAGGCUGUGUCCCGGGACGAGUUCCUGUGGAGGGAGCAGUUCUACCGCUACUACCAGGUGGCCCGCGACGUGCCCCGACACCCAGCGGCCACGUCCUGGUACGAGGAGUUCCGGCGGCUCUAUGACAUGGUGCCCUGCGUGGAGGUGCAGACGCUCAGGGAGCACACCGACCAGGUCCUGCACCUCAGCUUCUCCCACUCGGGUUACCAGUUCGCUUCCUGCUCCAAGGACUGCACCGUGAAGAUCUGGAACAAUGACCUGACCAUCUCACUGGUGCACAGUGCGGACAUGCGGCCCUACAAUUGGAGCUACACCCAAUUCUCCCAGUUCAACCGGGAUGACUCACUGCUGCUGGCCUCAGGGGUGUUCCUGGGGCCUCACAACUCCUCCUCGGGAGAGAUAGCCGUCAUUAGUCUAGACACCUUCGCCCUGCUGUCCCGCGUUCGCAACAAGCCCUACGACGUGUUUGGCUGCUGGCUCACGGAGACCAGCUUGAUCUCGGGGAACCUGCACCGAAUCGGAGACAUCACCUCCUGCUCGGUGCUCUGGCUCAACAACGCUUUCCAGGAUGUGGAGUCGGAGAACGUCAACGUGGUGAAGCGGCUUUUCAAGAUCCAGAACCUCAACGCCAGCACUAUCCGCACCGUGAUGGUGGCCGACUGCAGCCGCUUUGACAGCCCUGACCUCCUGCUGGACGCUGGCGCCCCGGGCAUGCCCCCCCGCCGCAUCUUUGACCUGGGCAGCGGGGGUGAGGACGAGGUGGCCGGCCCAGCCCCAGCCCCGGUCCGCGGCAAGGAGGGCUUGCGGCGCCUGCUGGAUGGCCUCCUAGACGGGCGGGCGCAGUCCCAGCUGUCUGAGCGUGCGCUGGAGACCAAGGUGGCAGAGCUGCUGGCCCAGGGCCGCACCAAGCCCCCAGAGCGCAGCACAGCUGACGCCCGGAGCAAGCUCCUCAUCUUCACCACCGGCUGCCUCACCUACUCUCCACACCAGAUCGGCAUCAAGCAGAUCCUGCCGCACCAGAUGACCACGGCCGGGCCUGUCCUGGGCGAGGGCCGGGGCUCAGAUGCCUUCUUCGAUGCCCUGGACCACGUCAUCGAUGUGCACGGACACAUCAUCGGCAUGGGCCUGUCCCCCGACAACAGGUACCUGUAUGUCAACAGCCGUGCCUGGCCCAGCGGCUCAGUGGUGGCCGACCCCAUGCAGCCGCCGCCCAUCGCAGAGGAGAUAGACCUGUUGGUGUUCGACCUCAAGACCAUGCAGGAGGUAAAGCGGGCCCUGCGUGCCCACCGUGCCUACACGCCCAACGACGAGUGCUUCUUCAUUUUCCUGGAUGUCAGCAGGGACUUCGUGGCCAGUGGGGCCGAGGACCGGCACGGCUACAUCUGGGACCGCCACUACAACAUCUGCUUGGCCAAGCUGCAGCAUCAGGACGUGGUCAACUCAGUGGUCUUCAGUCCCCAGGAGCAGGAGCUCCUGCUGACAGCCAGUGAUGAUGCCACCAUCAAAGCCUGGCGCUCGCCGCGCACUGUGCGUGUUCACCAGGCCCCGCGCCCACGCCCGAGUCCUUUCUUCUCCUGGUUUGCCAGUCAGAGGCGCUGAGGGGUGCUGGGCAACAGGAGGGUCCUGGGUGUCCUUGAGCUGCUGGAACCCAUGGAGGAUGCCACAGAGGCCCAUCCGUGGCCCUUUCCCACAGGCCAAGCUGCUGCCCAGUCCACAUGGGGGCAGAGCAGCUCACAGCAGUAAUGCCUUAGGCAGGGGGUCCAGGAAGGCUGCAGGGAGGGGACGGCCUGACUCCCACCACGCUUGCACACACACCGCCUCCCAUAGCCAAUCGUGAUGCUCAGCACUUGAGCGGCCUCCUGGCUGGCUUGGGGUGCACAGGACACUGGUGGCCCUGCUCUUCACCCACCCCCUUCCCACGGGCAUGGGUCCUGGGACAGUCAGCACGACACACACCCUUCAGCUGGCCCUGUGGGACCCUGGGCGGUGUUUCCUGGGUCCGACCUCACCCUGGGAGUCCCAGGCUCCCUCUGGGAAUUUGCGCACCAGAAAUGUCAGUGACGUGGGUCAGUCUGCCAUGGGCCCGGGCAAACUGCAUGUCACUGGUCACCCAUUCAGGGCCUGAAUAAACUUUAGUUGGCAACAGCA